AGGCGUCCGGCGGACGGCGGCGGCAGCGGGAAGAGGCGGAGGAGCUCUCGCCCGGCCGCCGCCUCGCGGUCGCUGCCCCAAGGCCUUGGGACCUCGGGGGUGCGGAGGCGGACCCCCCCUCGCUGCAGCCGCGGCGAGACGGCCGCGACGCUCACGAGUGGGAGCGGGGCGGCUCGCCGUGCGCAAAGCGACAGCGGCAAAACAACGCAACAAGCGGUGUCCGCAGCAGCGGCGGCGGCAGCGGUGAUAGCAGCGGCGGCAGCGGCGGCGGCGGCGGCGGCGGCGGUGGUGGCAGCGGUCGUGGCGGCGGCGGCGGCGGCGCAGCGAGUCGCCUGCCCACCACCUCGCCCCUCUCCCUGCUCCCUGACGCCGGGCCGGUGAAGCCCGCGGCCAACUUCUCCUGGGGAGAGUACCAGCAGGUGCAAUUUGUGCCGAACAGCGACGGGCAGCGACGGUAUCACCGGCAGCUGUCGUAUGCGGACAUCAUCGUCGCCUACGGGCCCGCCGGGACGGGGAAGACCCUGUUCGCGGUGCAGGAGGGGCUCCAGCGGCUGCGCAAAGGCAGUGUGGCCCGGGUCCUCUCCUCUGCUGCCCGGACGGUGCUGUCCAAGAGACGCCGCGGAGAGUCUCGGACAUGUCCCCUAGGUCAUCCUCGGCCGCCCGGACCCCACUGGCCGCGCUGACGAGGACGAGGAGGAGGAGGCCAAGACACGGCUCCUGACGCCACUCUUCGACGCCAUCACCAAGGUGAUGGCCGACCACACGGCGGCAGACGCCCUGGCCGCCGCGCGGCUGCUCGAGACGCAGUCGUUCGCUGGCAUGCGCGGCCGCACGCACGAGGCCGCGUUUGUCAUCGUGGACGAGGCGCAGAACGCGUCGCUGCAGCAGCUGAGGCGUCUCUCGGACCGAUUGGGGGCCGUUGUUUUCCGCAACGGCUCGACGCUUUGCGUCCUCGGCGACGGCUCGCAGCCCGACCGGCGCGUGGGCGGCAACUGGUCGGCGGGCGCCGACGGCAUCUCAUCCUCCAUCGAGGCGUACGCCAAGGAUCUGGACAAAGCUCGAGAAACUGGCAUGCAGACCAGGAUCGAGGUGGCGCGUCUCACCAACGCGGACAUCUGCAGGAGCACACCCGCGAGGGAGAUGCGCGGUUUCUUCUCGCAGAUCGACAGCGAGGAGCCUGCACCGCGCCGACAGCGGCUGGGCGGCGGCGCCGGCGAGCUCCUCCGGCAAGCCGUGGCGCCCUCCUCCGCUCGUGACGCCACGAGGCAGCGCGGCGACGAGGGUGCAAUCUACGAGACUAGAGAUGCGCAUGGGAGGAGAUGGCCGUGAUUUUUGUUUGCCGUGGGUAAACAGCAGUGAAGCUUUGUGAGUUGUGUUUUUGGUUGCCUCAGUGGAGAUGUGGAGUUAUUGUUAUAAAU